AUGACGAGCACUGUCGAGCCUCCUACUCCCCCUCUGAAUGCGCCCGACGGCGAUGCACCGAGCUCGCAGAUCGAAGCGGAAGCCUUCGGACUGCUCCGCGAUUGCAACUGGACCCGCUACUACGAGUACUGGCUCGAGACUUGGGGCAAGCCAGCUGGACUCGUUGUGGGCGGCAUUGGCCUGGUUACGCCCUUCCCGAGGUUCUGGUGCCGGAAAGAACCCAUCCUGAUCAGGGAAGACUGGUCAACGCAUGGGACGAGUUGUACCACUGGCAUCGGCAACUCCGUCUGCCUGCACUACCUCCUCGCUCGCUGCAUGGAAAAGAAGAUUCCGGUUGUAUUCGGAUACAGCGAUACCUCGUCCGGCACAACGUUGAUUUGCGACAAAGGCGUCUUCUCCGUUCCCACCAACGACAUCGACUGCCUCGAGUUCUUGCAGAAGCCGAUCUUCCUCGUCGACUCGGUCAACGGGACGGGCCCGCCCAGCUCGUACUACCGCAACUGUUCGUACACCAUCUACCUCGCUGCGGGCAUAGGCGAUGAACGUCAUCGCUCUCUCAAGAAACGCCGCUGCGCAACCUUCAUCAACUACAAUCUCUGGUCGCGCAGCGAGAUGUGGCAGUACCUGAUUGUCGCGGCGCGCCUCGAGCUGAACCCCGAUGUCCAGAAGAUCAAAUGCUACCUGUCCGAGAUCCGCCCUCACCGCAGCGGGCUGGCGCGAUCCUCUCAGCUCGCUCGAGGUGUCGGCUUGACCGACCUGGAUGCCGCUCGCAUGGGCCUCAUUCCCGACGAUGUCGCCAGAUAUUGGGAUGCGAAGGCCCGUCGGCACAAGCAGUAUGACCCCUUCGCCACGUUCGAGGCGUUGGGAGCCGGGAUCCGCCGCAUCGUCCACGGUGUCCACAACGAGACGGGCGACAUCAUCAAGGAUGCCCUCGGUCCGAUCAACGUGAAAGGGUUCAUACCGAACCUCCAAGACUUUCACACCGCGGUUCGCAGGGGAGAUGUGAGGUAUGAAUGGGAGCAGGUCCUCGUACAGCAACCUGAAGGGUUGCUCUCCAACUGGCCCAACUGCGUCCAUGUCUUCCCGACGCCGUCCAUCCGCAAGAUCUUCGUUGACGGUCUGCUCGCGCACGAUGGACCGCUGGACCACGUUAUGGACACGAUUACGCGGGUCCCGCAAGUGUACGGACCUUGCUACGAUGCCCUCGUCCUCGAGCACCUCUCCUGCUGGGGUGCGCAUGUCAACGUUUUCCGUGCCUCUGGCGCCUCCCCACCUCUCAUCCUUCCACCUGGUCUUCCUCUUCUCCACGUUGAGCCACACUGCGGCAUUCCUCUCAACUGCGACUACGUCGCUUUGCUUGACCCAGACUUUCCCUCCUUCGACAGCUUCGUCUUCCUCGCCUCGCAGCAAACCAUCGUCUUCCUGCGCGUCUCAAUCUGGAAUCGCGCCCACAAGGGUUUGGGAGACGGGUUCGAUCUCAUUCAAAAGGCGCUCGGCGACCAGUGGAGCCGGUACAAGAAGGCGUUCGUCUUUGUCGAGCCGGAACUGGACACGGCGGAGCGCUGGGCUCGCUCGUGGCACGACAGGAUAACGAAGCCGGACGACCCGCAAGUCAAGGUCGACUACAAGCAGCCGCCGCCGUGGAUGUACCAGUGCACUCUCGGCGCGUUGGGCGUCGGCAAGGUUGAGUUGGCGGUCAACGUCGCAAAGAAGCCAGUCGGCGGGGACGGCGACGACAGGUGGUGGUAG